AUGGCUUCAAGAACGGCGACCAAAGACAUUAUCACUCUGCGUGGUUCCGCUGCUAUCGUCAGCGAGUUCUUCGGAUAUUCAGCGAACAGCAUUCUGUACAAUAGAGGAGUGUAUCCUGAAGAAAGCUUUGUAAAGGUGAAGAAAUAUGGGCUGCCCAUGUUGCUUACUCAAGAUGAAGGCCUCAAAUCCUUCAUCGCCAACCUAACUGCUCAGCUUUCUGAAUGGCUGGAAUCUGGCAAGUUACAGAGAGUUGUUCUGGUCAUACUGAGCAAGGCGACUAAUGAGGUUCUAGAGAGGUGGAACUUCAGCAUUGAGACUGACAAUGAGGUCGUUGAGAAGGGGGAGUCGAGGGAAAAGAGUGACAAGGAAAUCAUGAGGGAGAUUCAAGCAAUCAUGAGGCAGAUUGCUUCAAGCAUUACUUACUUGCCGUGCCUUGAUGAAGCCUGUGUGUUUGAUGUUUUGGCAUACACGGAUAAAGAUCUUGCAGUCCCAUUCACUUGGGUUGAGAGUGACCCCAAACUGAUUGCAAAUCCACAAAUUGUGAAAUUGCAUUCCUUUGACACCAAGAUUCACAAGGUUGACACUCUAGUGUCCUACAAGAAUGACGAAUGGGAUGAGCAGUAG